CUUUAUAAAAAAAUUACUUUUAUUUCCAAGAGAGGACAGGGUUCCUCAAGUUUCAAGAUGUGGAAGCAGUACUUUUUAGCGGUGUUUUUCACACUAGUGGUGCUAUCAACCAAGACAGUGAAUUCACAGGAACCAUGCAGUUCACCUGAUCCCAACAUUGUUGGAACUGUGUAUGAAUCCACUUUUUCUUCUUUUGACACAAACUCGCCACUCUAUAGAACAGACACAACGAUAGAAGGAAUAAAUCAGGGAACUCAGACAGCAUCUAGAGUCAACAUAACGUUUGUUCGAUCACUAGCCACUCCUUCUGAUCUUAUUUUAAAUAACCUUUUUGAACUGAUAACUUUACCAGUAUCAGGCUCACCUUUUGGAAGUAGGACUUUUAUUCGAUUAAAGUCAGCAAUUGACAGAGAUGGGAGUUCCUAUGUAGCUAGUGAUGAUGUUGACACUGUAGAAUUUCAAUUAUCAUGCCGUUCUUUGAAAGACCCAACGCAAACAAAAUUUUUCCUGAUGCAGUUGGAGAUUCGAGAUAUAAAUGAUAACGCACCCAUAUUUGACAAUGCUCCUUAUUCUGCUUCAGUUGAUGAGUCAGCACCAGUGGGAACAACAGUGUAUUCUGGGAUUACAGCUACUGAUCUGGAUGCAGGAAGCAACAAAGAAAUAGAGUAUGCCAUAGUUCCCGGAGAUGGAAGUAUUAAUGAUGGCACAACCAGAUUUGCACUUCCUAUCACUUCAAGAGGAGAAAUCGUAGUCAGCAAUUCUUUAGACUUUGAAUCUGUUCGGUCAUAUACCAUCACCAUAUCUGCGACAGACAAAGCCAGCAAUGCUGCAGAUAGGAAACAGACUACCACUACUAUCACAAUAACUAUAAAUGAUGUGGAUGAUUUAGGGCCCGAAUUUGUGUAUUCCUCCUGUUUUAAUGUCAACAAUGUUUGUUUUAACCCUAUAUACACAACAAGUGUCACAUCUGGGUCAACGGCUGGCACGCUUGUAUUUAACCCAGUACCUGUGGUUCCUGGUAAUCCCAAUGCAGUGGUUGACAUCGUUGCAGAGGACAGGGACACACUUAAUGCUCCAAUCACCUUUACCAUUCGACAAACUUUGCCAUCUGGAUAUGAGAACAGAUUCCAAGUGACCACACAACAAGUUUCUGGCUCAGCAAGUCAGUAUCGAGCCCUUGUAAGCCAGACAGCAUCAAUCGAUAGAUCCCAAGUUCCUGAGCUGGAACUUUUCAUUGAGGCUCAAGAAAAUGUUGCAAAUAGAUACUCCAACAGAGCUACAAUAAAAUUGUCAGUUGCUGCAGCCAACAACAAUAACCCAGUGCUUAGUGUACCUUUCCAAGGAUACAUUUAUGAAAAUUCACCAGUAGGAACCAUACCAAGGAAUAAUGAUGGAUCUAGCCUAUUAAAAAUCACUGUUACUGAUCCUGACUUGAUUGUAUGUGAGACUGGACAAUACACGGUCGCCGUCAAUACACGACUGUUUAGAGUAAACAGUGAAGGAUAUGUAGAAGCAGCUGCCAUAAUAGACUAUGAAUCCACUCCAACUGUCACUUUCACUGUCACAGCAACUGAAGUUGGAACUCAGAACCCAAGAAGUGGAACUGUACAAAUCACUGUUAAUGUCCGAGACCUAUUGCUCACUAAUAUCGGACUCUACGGGUAAAUUUUUAGACUGCAAGAACAAAGGAAUGAUAUCACAGCAAUGUUUUAAACAGAAAUUACUUGACAGGUAAAAAAUACAAACACAUCAGCAAAAAGUUUAUAACAACACUUUUAUACUGACCAUUGUCUUUUUUUUUUUAGUCAUUUGUGCAUAAAGAAAAAGGAGAAAC